CCAAGCGUUGCGCAAGGCGGGCAUGGCGGUGCGCCUUCCGAGCAAGCGCCGGUUUCCAUACAGCGCCCAGCUCGACCACUGCUUUUCACCGCCGCUGCCAAGCGAUAUCCUCGUGGACUUUUCCGUGCACCAGGCGCGCGUGCUGGUUGAAGCGUUCGUCGUCGCGCCGUCGACCAAGCCCGUGGACGAGCUUCUCUCGAGCAGCGCGAAAAAGGAGUUUGUCGGUCAAGUCACGCUCUUUCGCGGCCAAUCGGUCGAGAUUAUGCGCCAAACAAGCGUGUGGCUGGACCUUCCGGGCUUGGAAGACUUGCUUGUGGUGCUCGACGACCAAGUCUCGCGGGUUACGGCGCUUCGCAACAAGGCCGACGCGCUUCUCCAGUGCGUCCCCAACGUUCUCCAGUGCACGUAACGACGCAGUGCAAGCUCUAUUCUUUCGAGUGGGCAAAUAUACACUUGUCACCGAACCGGCAGGUGCCCGCUACGAAUUGAUUGCAGAUCUUGGUCGCGCUCGUCUUGGCGCUGUGCUCAAACGAGCACUUGUCGCCGUACGAGCACUUGCCGCGCAGAAAGUCGUAGCAAACGCGCGGGCCUUGGACGACGAACUUGUC